UCGUCACUCCGCAGGGCCGCGUCCAUGCGCCGCUGGAUUUGCGCGGUUCGCGUGCUGUUUUGAACCGAGUUUUGCGACUCGAUUUUGGUGCCUGGUCCCGCCGCCCAGACCGUCGGCCACAAUGCCCAGCGGAGCCCCGGGAGCAUCGGCCGCUGCCAUGCAGGAGGCUCUGGAUGCCGCAGGGAGACUCAUAGACCGGCAGCUGCAGGAAGACAGAUCCUACCCAGACCUGUCUGAUCUGCUCAACGUGCCCGUCCAUAAUAGCCCCGCCAUGUCCGGAGUGUCCGAGUUGGAUUACCCGCUCCAAGGCCCCGGCCUGCUCUCCGUCCCCAGCUUCCCGGAGCUCAGCGCCAUCCGCAGGGUCCCGCUCCCCCCGGAGCUGGUCGAGCAGUUUGCGCGCAUGCAGUGUAACUGUAUGAUGGGAGUGUUUCCGGAGAUCAGCAGGGCCUGGCUGACCAUCGACAGCGAUAUAUUCAUGUGGAACUACGAAGACGGGAGCGAGCUGGCUUACUUUGAUGGCCUCAGUGAAACCAUCCUCUCUGUGGGGCUCGUGCGGCCGAAGGCAGGGGUUUUCAAUCCUCAUAUCCAUUACCUGCUUGUCCUGGCGACUCCUGUCGAUAUCGUCAUCCUCGGCGUGAGCUUAACCGGUCUGCAAGCAGGUAAUCUGAAUGACAGCUUGUCAGGUGGGAUCCAGCUGAUUCCAGAGCCGCUGUACACCUUACCUACUGACAACACCUAUUUAUUAACCAUUACCUCCACUGACCACGGCCGCAUUUUCCUGUCCGGGAAGGAUGGAUGCCUCUACGAAGUAGCCUAUCAAGCCGAGGCUGGUUGGUUUAGCCAAAGAUGCCGGAAAAUCAACCAUUCGAAGAGCACGUUGUCCUUCCUUGUGCCUUCGGUCCUGCAGUUCACGUUCUCAGAAGACGAUCCCAUAGUUCAAAUUGCCAUAGACAACUCGAGAAACAUCCUCUAUACCCGCUCGGAGAAAGGCGCGCUGCAGGUAUAUGAUUUGGGUCACGAUGGUCACGGAAUGAGCAGGGUCGCGUCCGUGUCUCAGAACUCUAUCCUCUCGGCAGCCGGAAACAUCGCCAGGACGAUUGAUCGCUCGGUUUUCAAGCCCAUUGUUCAUAUAGCAGUGAUCGAGAAGUCCGAGUCUAUGAAUUGCCACUUGCUGGCGGUGACACAUGCAGGAGUACGGCUGUAUUUUAGCACCAUGCCGUUCAAGCAGCCGGCGGCCCGUCCCUGCAUGCUGACGUUGGUGCAUGUUCGCCUACCUCCGGGGUUUUCUGCUUCCUCGACGGUAGAAAAGCCCUCCAAGGUGCACAAGGCUCUCUACAGCGAUGGUGUUUUGUUGAUGACAGCGUCCGAGAACGAAGACAAUGAUAUCUUAUGGUGCAUUAAUCACGACUCUUUCCCGUUCCAAAAACCCAUGAUGGAGAUGCAGGUGACUGUCCGUGUUGAUGGUCAUUCCUGGGCUGUGUCUUCAAUCGAUGAACCAAAAGUAGACCGGAUUGUGACCCCGUUAAAUAGGGAUAUCAUCCCGAUUACAGAGCCCCCUGUUUUAGUUCAGCAGCAUAUGGUGCCCCCUAAGAAGUUUGUCUUGCUCUCUGCCCAGGGGAGUCACAUCUUCCACAAACUCAGACCGGUGGAUCAGCUGCGACAUCUUCUAGUUAGUAACGCGGGGGGUGACGGCGAGGAGAUAGAGCGCUUCUUCAAACUGCAUAAGGAGGAUCAGGCUUGUGCCACCUGUUUAAUACUCGCCUGCUCGACGGCCGCUUGUGACCGAGAGGUGUCUAUCUGGGCAGCACAGGCUUUCUUCAGAUAUGGCGGCGAGGCUCAGAUGCGCAUCCAGUCCUCGCUGCCGGCUCCCAGUACCGUGGGUCCGAUCUUCGGAUCCCCUCUGCCUAUAGGUUCGCCAUUGUCACCAGGCACCCCGAUGCCGAAUCCCAGCUUCCUGGGCACUCCAGCACAAGGCAUCUAUCCUCCAAGUGUGUCGACACCGGCAUACGCUCUGGCAAGCCCUGCUCAUCAGCCUGCCUCCUCCUUAACUGGGCUAAUGGGCCCGGAAAUUGUAUAUUCUGGGAAACACAAUGGCAUUUGCAUCUACUUUUCUCGUAUAAUCGGGAAUAUUUGGGAUGGAAGUGUGGCUCUGGAACAGAUCUUCAGGAGUGGAAAUCGAGAAGUCACAGCGAUUGACAGCAGCGUCUCGCCUUAUCAUCUGGAGACCGUACUUCAGAAACUGAAAGGACUGCAGGAAUUUCUCGACCGGAAUUCGCAGUUUUCUGCAGGAUCGCUCGGAAACCCAGGCUUUGGCACGCCUGCUAACCUCCAGCAUAGGCUUGUGAGUCUUGGACGCCAUGAGAUGGGAAGCUCUCAGCAAGUGCAACAAGAACUCCAAAGAAAAUACAACGCUGAAGCUCAACUUGCAGAGAAGGUCUCUCUCCAGGCAAUCCACCAGUUGGUUAGAAAAACGUGCCAAGCCUUGGCUUUGUGGAAGCUCCUGUGUGAACACCAGUUUAGCCUUAUUGUGGCUGGACUUCAAAAGGAACUGCAGGAACAGUUGAAAAUAACCAUGCUUAAAGAUCUGGUGAUCAGAGACAAGGAGCUGACGGGAGCUCUGAUUGCAUCCCUGGUCAAUUGCUUUAUCAGCGACAAUACUACGGUUGAUGGAAUCAGUUCUCACCUGCAAGAAGUGUGCCCCCUGCUGUAUAGCCCUGAUGAUGCCAUAUGCUCAAAGGCAAACGAAUUGUUGCAACGGUCUCGCCAGGCUCAGAACAAACUGGACAAACAGAGGUUACUGCGGGAUUCGCUGAGGGAGUAUCAGAAGAUCAGUCGGCAGGUGGACCUCGCCAAUGUGUGUGUUCAGUACAGACAAGUGCGUUUCUACGAGGGAGUGGUGGAACUGUGUCUCAGCGCUGCAGAGAAGAAAGAUCCGCAAGGGCUCGGCCUUCAUUUUUACAAGAAUGGAGAGCCGGAGGAGGAUAUUGUUGGCUUGCAGGCUUUCCAAGAGCGGUUGAAUAGCUACAAAUGUGUCACUGAUGCUCUUCAAGAACUAGUUAACCAAAGCAAGGCUGCCCCUCAGUCCCCAAGUGUCCCCAAAAAGCCAGGUCCUCCCGUGUUGUCAUCGGAUCCCAACAUGCUUAGCAACGAGGAAGCUGGUCUCCAUUUUGAGCAGAUGCUUAAGCUGGCGCAGCUCUCGGCAGAUGAACUCUUUAACAUCGCGCUCUUCAAUUGGCUCGUGCAAGCAGAUCUUACAGACAAGUUAUUGGAGCUGAAUUCGCCCUUUUUGGAGCCCUAUUUGUCCCGAAAAGCAAAGGACGAUCAAAACAAAGUACAUUACAUGGAUCUGCUGUGGAGGUACUACGAGAAAAGCCGGAAUUUCAGCAAAGCCGCUGAAGUUGUUGCCCAGCUGGCCGACUUGCCGAGCUCUGACAUAUCACUCAAGCAGCGCGUUGAGUACAUUUCCAGGGCCAUACUGAGCGCUAAAAGCUCGACGGACAUGGCCAUCCUGCCUGCCGACGGAGAGUUCCUGCAUAAGCUGGAGGAGAAAAUGGAGGUUGCCCGGAUACAGCUUCAGAUCCAGGAGACUUUGUUAAGGCAAUGUUCCCAUAAUCAAGCGGCCCUCGAUGCCGUAACUCAACUAGACUCACAGCUGAUGGACGUCACAAAGCUUUUUGAGGAUUUUGCACACAAGUUCAAGCUUUCUGAGUGCAUGCUGGCGAUAAUACACUGCGCCGGACAUUAUGACCCCAUCCUGGUCCAGACCCUGUGGCAGGAGAUCAUAGAAAGAGAGUUAAGCGACAGUGUAGCGAUGGAUCCCGCAAACCGAAUGCAAGCUUUAAAUCUCAAGAUCACUUCUCUGGGCAGGACGUACAUGCGCACCCCGCGAUACUUUCCAUUGGAAUUCCUGGUUCAGUAUCUGGAACAGCAUGUUUGUGCCUUGAAUUGGGAUGUUGGCUUUGUACCGUAUACCAUGCAGGAGAUUGAUGUCCCCAUCCCCAAAUUACUAGAGGUGUACGAUCGCUUAGUAAAAGCACGGGAACCCUGUUGGGCGAGAAUGAAGAAGCCGCUCCAUCUGCUGGAAUGCAUUCACGUACUGCUGACCACGUUUGUGCAGAGCCCGAGCAAAGUCCCAGCCUACGAAAGGCGGCGUUUCACCACGGUCUGCCUGGACGCCAUUGCUGGAUAUCUUGUAGAGCUUCAGUCAAUGACCCCAACAGCUGCAUUGCAGAGCACCAUCGGCAACUUCAAGUCUUUACAAGCCAAGUUGGAGAGGCUAUGCUAACGAAGCCGUGCUAACGAAGCCAUGCCGUGUUCGCACUGUCACAAGGGACUAAAACCGCCAUGUACCCGUCAUCCUCUGACGGCCGAUAAUCUGGCCCAUCUUUCUGAUACCUUUUGAGUACUUUUCUGUUCGAUUACAACGUGUUAAUCUUUUAGUGUAAGACUAUAUAAUAUUUGAAUAUCUUGAAUACAUUUGCUUUUUCUAAAAGUAUGGGCGACAUAACCGAUUCCUCCCUUCUAUUUGUUUUAUUUCUUUGUCUACAUUUCUUCUGAAUCGUCCGGCUGAUGCCAUCGCCGUACCCUGCAGUCCAGAUCCGACUUUCGUUAACCUUUCAUUGACUUGGGAACUCGCUCACAAAUUAGUGUCCAUAUCGUCAAAUACAUACAUUUUUAUUUUUUUAACUCUUCAUACCACCCUGAUUUGUAUGUAUCUAAAAAAAUAACUAAAUAAUAAAGUUGAAUUUGAGCCUUUGCAUGGAAGUAGUAAAAUGGACAAUUAAGACAUUGGUGGUGUUACGUGUAGCGCGAUCUGUCGCUGCGCUCACAUCAUCUGUUAGAUGGAGGAUUCGGUGAGACAGUGAGCAGGAAUGAGUAAAUCUUUGCAUUGUCAAUAACAGUUUUGUAACCUUAGAUCUGGGGAGGUGCUUGUUUUUGCCAGAACUGAGUUUUGAAAUACAUUUAUAAAUUUGUAGAUUUACUUGGAUUAAAUCCAGCAGUGUUUCUGAA